UGCUGUAGCCCUAGUGUGCUCUCCUGUGAUAUGUAACAUUAUAGCUUUACACUUAAAAAAAAACAUGUCGGCCUUACUUUUCCUGAAAAACUCGGUGAGCAGACUGCCUCCGGGUGUCGCUCGGCAGGUUUUCGGCUGCUGUUACCACACGGAGAAAGGUGUGUACGGGUACCGACCCAAACCCACCGUCAGGGACCAGAAGCUGCAGAGUGACCACAUCGCUGCUCUGAAUCAAGAUCAUGCUCUUGCCCGUCUGGUGCAGGCAUACAGAGCACAUGGACACAAGGCUGCUAAAAUUAACCCCUUACUGCCCCAAAAGCCUGUUGCUGACAGUGUCCCGGAGAUCAACAUGCUGACUGGCACCAUAAGAGGACAGCUCAACACCUCAGGAUUACGGCAUUUUGGAAAGACAGAGGCUUCGAUGGAAGAGGUUCAGGCCUAUUUGGAGGAAGCCUACUGUGGGCACCUGUCAGUGGAGACCAACCAGCUUGGCAGCCUGGAGGAGCAGGAGUGGUUCGCUGACCACUUUGAGGAUCUCAAGAAGAAGAGUUUCUCCCCUGAGGAGAGGAGGCAGCUCACAAAGAUCAUGCUGGAGUCUCAGGAAUUUGACCACUUCCUCGCCACCAAGUUUGCAACUGUGAAGCGUUAUGGAGGAGAAGGAGCAGAGAGCAUGAUGGGCUUUUUCUAUGAGCUUUUCCACCAUUCUGCCCACACUGGCGUCACCGACAUCAUCAUCGGCAUGCCCCACAGAGGCCGACUCAAUCUGCUUACGGGCCUGCUGAAGUUCCCACCAGAGCUCAUGUUCCGUAAGAUGCGUGGCCUCAGCGAGUUCCCUGAAACCUCGCCUGCCAUCGGUGACGUCCUCUCCCAUCUCACUUCCUCGGUGGAGCUAGAUUUCGGAGCUGGACACCCCCUCCAUGUGACCAUGCUCCCAAACCCGUCUCACCUCGAGGCCAUCAACCCUGUGGCUCAGGGCAAAGCUCGAGCCAGGCAGCAACUCAGACAAGAAGGCGACUAUUCACCUGAAGACAACGCCCAGCCAGGGGACCAGGUCAUCUGUCUGCAGGUCCACGGCGAUGGCUCUUUCACUGGUCAGGGGAUUGUUCCAGAAACUUUGACCCUCUCCAACCUUCCUCACUACAGAGUCGGUGGGAGCAUCCACCUCAUCGUGAACAACCAAGUGGGUUACACCACGCCAUCGGAGAGAGCGAGAUCCUCUUUGUACUGUAGUGAUGUCGGUAAGAUGGUGAACUGUGCGGUGAUCCAUGUAAAUGGUGAUGAUGCCGAGGAGGUGCUGCGCGCCACUCGGCUGGCUGUGGAGUACCAGCGGAAUUUCAGGAAAGAUGUGAUCCUGGACCUGAUCUGCUACCGUCAGUGGGGUCACAACGAGCUGGAUGAGCCUUUCUUCACUAAUCCGACCAUGUACAAGAUAAUCCGCUCUCGUAAGAGUGUCCCUGACUCCUACUCAGACCAGCUGAUCUCUGAGGGUCUGAUGACCGAAGCCGAGCGUGACGAGAUCAAGUCCAAACACUACAGCCUGCUCAACGACAAGCUGGCCAACAUGACCCUGUACAGCCCCCCACCCACCAACCUGCAAGGCCGCUGGGGGGAUCUGGUUGAACCCCAGGCCCGAGUCACCACCUGGGACACGGGUGUCCCCAUCCCUCUGCUGCAAUUUGUCGGAGCAAAGUCUGUCGACAUCCCCGAGCACAUCCAGAUGCACAGCCACCUCGGGAAGACCCAUGCACAGGCUCGGUUGCUCAAACUGGAAGAGGGGACCAAACUGGACUGGUCCACAGCAGAGGCCUUGGCUUUUGGCUCCCUCCUCUGCCAAGGCUUUAAUAUCCGUAUCAGUGGCCAGGAUGUGGGAAGAGGCACGUUCAGUCAGCGGCACGCCAUGGUGGUCUGUCAAGACACCAAUGACAUGCACAUCCCUCUAAACCACAUCAACCCUCAGCAGAAAGGUUUCUUGGAGGUGUGUAACAGCCCGCUGUCUGAAGAGGCGGUGCUCGGAUUUGAAUACGGGAUGAGUGUCGCGCAGCCGAAGCUCCUGCCCAUCUGGGAGGCUCAGUUUGGAGACUUCUUCAACGGGGCGCAGAUCAUCUUUGAUACCUUCAUCUCUGGAGGUGAGGCCAAAUGGCUGCUACAGUGUGGGAUGGUGAUCCUGCUGCCUCAUGGUUACGACGGAGCAGGACCCGAACACUCGUCCUGCCGUAUGGAGCGCUUCCUCCAGAUGUGUGACAGUAAAGAGGAGGGUGUGGAUGGUGACAGUGUGAACAUGUCUCUGGUCAACCCCACCACCUCCGCUCAGUACUUCCACCUGCUGAGGAGACAGAUGAUCCGUAACUUCCGCAAACCUCUCAUUGUGGUUGGACCCAAGAUGCUUUUGAGAUUUUCUGGGGCUGCAUCCAGUCUGGCUGAACUGGCACCUGGAACAUCUUUCAGACCAGUGAUAGGUGAUACUUCAGUCGCAGCAGAAAGUGUCCAGAGGGUGGUGCUGUGCUCAGGGAAGCAUUACUACGCCUUGCUGAAGCAGAGGGAGACCACAGCCAACCAGAACACUGCACUCAUCCGCUUGGAGGAGCUGUGUCCAUUCCCACUGGACGCUCUGCAGCAGGAGCUCAAAAAAUAUCCCAAUGCCAAAGAGUUUGUUUGGAGUCAGGAGGAGCCUCAGAACAUGGGUCCCUGGUCUUUUGUUGCCCCGAGGUUUGAGAAGCAGCUGGCUUGCAGGCUCCGGUUAGUGAGCCGACCUGCUCUGCCUGCCCCUGCUGUGGGUAUCGGGAUCAUCCACCACCAGCAGCAAGAGGCCAUCCUCACUGCUACCUUCUCCUAAGACUGGGAGCCAAAAUAAACACUACACAAUCAUCAGAGCUACACUACCAGCUGUAUCUGCUGUCGCUACAAGUACAGGGCUGCUGCACAGCAGAUACACGGGACCUUUAGACAAUGUGGACGUGCAGUUUUGAGAUAAAUUGGCUAAUAAUAGACAGAUUAAAGGAAGCGUUACAGAGAGUAGGGUUGAUCAUUUUAUUUGUACUGUGAUAGUCAAAUACAGGUUUUAAUUGUAAGUUUAUAUGGUUUGAAGCUAUCUGUUAUUUUCCCCUUUGUCUCAUUCAACAUGCCUGUAAUCUGUGUUUUAAUCACACGGCACAAUGGUAAGAUAGAAGAACAACUGCUGGUUUGAUUCAGAUCUGAAUCGAGGCCUUAGAGACGACGUUUACAAUAUAAUUGUAGUUCAGAAGCACUGUUAGCUGACCGUCGCUUUUGUAGCAUAACGGACUGAAUCUUGCCUGUUUCAUACAGGCUCAUUGUUUCAGGAAUCAUAAUUGUUCAGUCAUCUCAUGCAUGUAGUUUGGAUAUGUUCUUAGUUUUUGUACUGUUCUGAACAGAAAAUAUCAGUAUAAGUUGUUUAAAGUGUCAGUGAAAUAUUUAUAUAAGAGUGGGAAUAUUUUCGAGUAAUUAACUAACACUAACAUUUAACAAGGAUGUGAAACUGUUUCUUAGCUAACAAAGAGUUGUUACCACUGAGACUGUUACAUGUGCUGCCAUUAAUUGCCUACUGUAAAUUAGGGACAGUAUAUUUGGCCAUUUCAUGGUACGAAUUUGUGUUAAGAAGUACUUCAUCAUUUCCAUUAUUUAAUUAUGGUUUGAACUCAGACAUGGAUAAAAAAUAAUGGCAUUAAGGGCUGAUGUAAAUAAACCAAAUCAGAAUAUUCAAAUGGACAUAUUUUCAAAUAAAUCUAUUUUCAUGUUUGUU